AUGUCUCCAAUUUACGCAUUCCUCACGAACGGAACCCUGGCCGCCAAUAAGUCCCAAGCUCGGAAGCUCCGUUACCGAUCGGCAAGAUACACAGUCAUCGACGAUGUUCUGUACAAGCGAGGCUACACCACGCCAUAUCUUAAGUGCCUCACUAAGGAGCAGGGGGACUACGUUCAUCGCGAGGUUCACAAUGGGGUCUACGGUGACCACUCACGUUCCAGAUCGCUAGCGCACAAAAUCUUCCAACAGGGGUAUUUCUGGCCGACCCUACACCAAGAUGCAAACGUCUUCGUCAAGAAGUGCGACAAAUGCCAAUGGUUCGGUAGUGUCCCUCACAUCCCUGCCGAGCCUCUCUCACCGAUCGUAAGCCCAUGGCCUUUUGCCCAGUGGGGACUGGAUUUGAUUGGCCCGAUGCCGCAAGGUAAGGGCCAGGUCAAAUAUGUUGUUGUCGCCGUAGAUUACUUCACCAAAUGGGUAGAGGCCGAACCCUUGGCUACGAUAACGGCAGCCAAAAUGGAAGAUUUCAUCUCGACGAACAUUUGUUGCCGAUUCGGAAUCCCUACGCAAUCAUCACCGAUAACGGGAGGCAAUUCGAUUUGGACGACUUUAGGCAAUUCUGCACUCGCCUCAAGAUCAAUCUAUACUUCGCUUCGCCAGCUCACCCCUAAUCGAACGGUCAGGUCGAAGCGAUGA